GCUGCCAGUCCACCAGAGCGGAGCGAGGCAGCGGAGCCGAGAAACGGAGAAAUAUUAACCAAUAGGAUUGCACAAAAUCUCCGCUCCUCUUAAGUGGACAGGGACUUGCGAGCUAGUUUAAAAUUUCAUAUAAAACCGGUAUGCGGAGCGGGGAAACGGAGCGGGGAAACGUGCGGGGAUGCGGAGCGGGGAAACGGAGCGGGGAAACGUGCGGGGAUGCGGAGCGGGGAAGCGAGUGCGGGCGCGGGCGCACUUUGCGCCGGCAGUGUGCCGCCGUAUUCCGACCAGUGCGUAUGUGACCGAAGAUAAUGGAUGAAAAACUUAUUGAAAGUGUGAAAAAGUUUCCGUGCAUUUGGAACACAUCUUCAGAAUUUUACAAAUGCAACGAAACAAAAGAUGCUGCGUGGGACCAAAUUAUCAUUGAAACAAACAUAUCGGAUGUUACAACUGCCAAGUCGCGAUGGAAACAACUGAGAGAUAACCAUCGGGAUGCCUUAAAAAGACAAAAUGCAACAAGGAGUGGACAGGCUAGAAAACAACGAAAAGAAUGGAAAUAUCAAAAAGCCAUGUCAUUUUUAUUGCCUUACAUGAGUAACAGAGACCGGUUAACAAAUUUUACGCCCCUGGACCACUCAGUAAGCGAAACUUCAAAUCCGCCAAAUACCAUUGAAGAGAGUUCACGGGAAUCAUGCAAUUUUUUGCCAUCAAAUUCAAAUAAUCUUCCUUCUGCCGAUUAUCCUAAGAAUCCAACAGCUUCGGAAUCUCUUCCAUCAACAUCCAAAAAAAGAAAGAACGAUGAAAUUCUAGAUUAUUUAAAAAAAAAUCAAGAACGCCGCGAAGUGUUGGAACGAGAACGGAUAGAACUUAAAAACAUGAUGUCAGCCAGUGAUAAAUACGAUGAAAUAGACUUAUUUUUUUUAAAUUUGGCUGCAUCGACAAAAAAGCUGCCGUAUUAUUUUCAACUUCAAAUUAAAAAAACCUGCUUUAAUGCGGUAAUGUCAGCUGAAGAAAGUAAUCUUCAACAUAGUUGGUAUUCUCCGAAUAAUUAUGGUUAUUCUACAGGCUCAACACCUACAUCAGAUAACAUCAACACUAGUAUCGAUACUCCUAGUGCUUCAGAUAAUAUCAACACUAGUAUCAAUAUUCCUAGUGCUUCAGAUAAUAUCAACACUAGUAUCAAUAUUCCUAGUGCUUCAGAUAAUAUCAACACUAGUCUUAAUAUUCCUAGUGCUUCAGAUAAUACCAACACUAGUGUCAAUAUUCCUAGUGCUUCAGAUAAUAUUAACACUAGUAUCAUUAAUCCUAGCGCUUUACAAAUUCCAACAACCCAGGAUAUUGAAACAUCUGCAGCAGAGCCAACAGAACCCAAUGAAAAUGCGGUCAAUUUUGAGACAGAUUACGAUUUUUAAAUUAAUAUAACAUGGCUUCUAUAACUGUAUGCAAAAAUAAAAGUUACUUUGAUUUAAAA